AUUAUAAAUAGAACGUUAUUGAUAGGAAACAAUGGUUUAUUUGAAUUCAUCCUUGAAACGUAUACAUAUUCUUUUUAAUCUUACUGUGGAUUUUCAAAUGCUGCACUGUUUCGUAACUUAUGAAAGUACGAAACAAUUGAACUUAUCAGAAGAAUGACUGAUUACUAUGAGCAGAUUGCAAGGUUAUUAGAAGCGGGUCGAUUUUCAUGUUUAUACUACUCGAAGGCGUUAAUGCGUAUACCAGUCACUACGUAAACGUUGGUCGGGUCACUAUUAGCUAGGAUGUGACCUGCACGUCGGUAUCGAUUUACACAGGUGUUAGUUUUAUUGUGGAAGCGAUAAUUGUCUGUAACAUAAUAUAUGAUCAUUAAAUUAGAAUCGAUUAAGAUCAAUGUAAUUCCAGUUUAGAUUAAAGGAUGCACACUGUUUAUUUGUUACUUCUUAUAGCAUCUUUUUUCAUUCAAGAAUAUACUCGGUAUGUUCAUGGUGAAGAUAAUGUGGCAAAUAAUAAAAAUAAUGAAGAAAUGCCGUCGCAACUAACAGUAACAUCUUGGAAUGACAUGCCUUUCUCAGGAAUUGUAAAAGAAAAUGGAAAGUGGGUUGGUAAAGGAUAUGCAUUUUACAUUUUUGAUUUACUCAGUACAAAAUUAAAUUUCACCUAUACCAUUAUUCCACCAAAAGAACAUAUUUUGGGUGAUAAAAGUAGCGGUAUUCUUGGUUUACUUUACGAGAAGAAAGUAGACGUAGCUGUUGCGUUCCUUCCCGUAUUACCGGAAAUCGGACAAUAUUGUACGUUCAGCGCUCCACUAGAUGAAACGAAAUUAACUGCUGUGAUGAAGAGACCUCAGGAAUCAGCUACAGGUUCCGGUCUUCUGGCACCAUUCGAAAGAACUGUCUGGCUAUUAGUAUUAAUGUCAUUAAUUUUUGUGGGGCCAAUUAUUUAUUUUUUCGCUAGUAUGAGAGCAAAAUUAUGGCACGAUCCAAGUUCUGAAAACUUCAGUUUGUCCUCUUGCUUCUGGUUCGUUUAUAGUUCUCUGUUGAAACAAGGAACGAAUAUUGUUGCCACAACAGAUUCAACACGAAUGCUUUUCGCUACAUGGUGGAUUUUUAUAUUGAUUUUGACAUCCUUUUACACGGCAAAUCUCACAGCGUUUCUUACAAAGCCUCAAUUUACGCUCUCUAUUAGUUCUCUACAAGAUAUUGUUCACAAGGGAUACAGUUGGAUCACCUAUAAGGGACGAACGAUUGAUUUUCUUCUUUCUCAAAAUCAGGAGAACGAUUUGAGUUUAUUGAACGUAAGCAAAUUGCAAGGAAAAGGCGUUUUUAAGUACUAUGAGCAUUCAAGAGCUAUUUUAGAAUCAGUUACUACCAAAAGACUUUUCCUAGCAGAGGCACAUUACUUGCAAACUUUAAUAUUCAAAGACUAUAUGAAUAAAACGCGUCAUCAUUUACAACAUAACUCGCGUUGUACGUAUGUUAUAAUGCCUGGUAGCAUUUUAAUAACCAGCCGUGCCUUUGGUUUUCCCCAUGGUUCAACCUUUGAAAAACGUAUCAAUAGAUUGCUGUUAAGAUUAAUAGAGACUGGUAUCAUACAUCGUACGAAGAAAGAAGAUCUGCCAUUAGCUGAAAUCUGUCCAGUUGAUCUUCGUUCAAGCGAGAGACAAUUGCGAAAUACUGAUCUUCUUUUAACAUACAAAGUUGUCGUGGGUGGAUAUACAAUUGCUGCAAUUAUCUUUUUAUUUGAAUUUAUUUACGCGUUUAUAUCGUACCGAGUACAAAAUGGUAAAAGAAAAGUAUGCUGCUAUCUGCCUUGUUGUGGUCCAAACGAAAAACCACAAAAUCCUUUAAAUAGCAAUCUUCCAGCACAAAAUUAUAUGAUGAUGUUAAAAAGAAGUCCUCCAGCGAUUUAUCAAUAUCCUGGCAAUGUUUUGAUAAAAAGAAAACAACAAUUUAUUAAUGGAAGAAGUUAUUAUGUGGUUACUAAUCCAUACGGUGAUCGAAAAUUAAUUCCUAUUAGAACUCCUUCUGCUUUUUUAUUUCAAUAUGCAGCCUGAUCACAUUAAAAAUAUGUAAGAAAUACAAAAAUAUUUUUUGUAUGUAGCAUUACAUAUUGAAAUGCUAAAAUUAUUUAAAAAUUGUAAUUUUAUAAAAUUAAUAAAAUAUACGUUGGAUGUAAAUUUUUUUAUGUGAGA